UAUAUAGUCGCCUCCACCACUUUCAUUUUCAAAACUUCGCCCCUCCAAUUCUAGUGACGAGGAGAACUUUUGAGGAGCUCUGAGAGAAAAUUUCAGAUUUGUGGGAAGGAUUGGGUCUUAUUCAGAGCAUAAAGGAUGUCAAAUGUUAAGGUUUGUGUGCGAUUUAGACCUCUGUCCUCAAGGGAGAGAAGAAUCUGCGGAGAUGAUAUAUGCUUCGAUCGUUUAGAUGAAGAGUCAUUUGUAUUCAAGGAUGAGAAAGGAGAAGAUACUACAUUUUGUUUUGACAGGGUUUUCUAUCAGGAUGCCAAACAGAGGGAUCUCUAUGAGUUUCUAGCUAUGUCUAUAGUUCAAGACACUGUGAAUGGGAUUAACGGGACCAUCAUCACUUAUGGACAGACUGGAGCAGGAAAGACGUACAGCUUGGAGGGCCCGGGUAUUUUAGAGUUUGAUGAAUGCCGUAAAGGGCUGUUGCCACGAGUCAUAGAUGGACUUUUUGAAUGUCUAAAAUCUUCUACCGAUAUGUCUGCACACACCAUUAAAAUUUCCAUGGUGGAGAUCUAUAUGGAGAGAGUAAGGGAUCUUUUGGAUGUAUCAAAAGACAACCUGCAAAUCAGGGAGGGGAAAGGCCAAGGAAUUUAUCUUUCUGGGGCAACUGAGGUUUCUAUUUCAGACCUCACAGAAGCCAUAGCCUUGAUUAAUCGUGGAAUUGCUAAUAAAGCAGUUGGAUCUACACAAAUGAACGUGACAAGUAGCAGAAGCCACUGUCUUUAUACAUUGUCAGUUCAGUAUGAAUCUGCAGUUGAUGGGAAGGUAAAGUCUGGAAAACUUAUGCUUGUGGACUUAGCUGGUUCCGAGAAAGUUGAGAAAACUGGUGCUGAGGGUAAAGUCCUUGAAGAAGCAAAAACCAUUAACAAAUCCCUCUCAGCUCUUGGGAAUGUAAUCAAUGCUUUGACAACUGGUAAAAGGAGUCAUAUACCUUACCGCAGUUCUAAGCUUACUCGCAUUCUUGAGGAUUCAUUGGGUGGGAAUUCUAGAACUGCACUGCUUUGCUGCUGCUCUCCUAGUUCAUCCAAUACUUUAGAAAGCAUGUCUACUCUCCGCUUCGGAACUAGAGCAAAGCUGAUAAAGCCACAACGACAAGAGGAAAUAUUUGAGGAGGUUUCUAAUGGAAUAUCACAGGAAGAAGAUUUGGUAGAUGCUGAUCUUAGCACGGCACAGGGAACUAUCCCUCAGUUGGAAAUACAGCAGGUUAUCCUUGAUCCUGUCUCAUUGCAUCAGACUUUUAAAGAACUCAGAAAUGAGGUGUCGAAGCUAAUCUUUAAAUACUGCAAACGUAUAUGGCAUUCUAAAUUUUCUGUCUACAUUGAUGUAUGUUGUCUGCUGCAUGUAUUAUAUCCUGGGCCAUUGCAGAUGAUAAGGAUGAAUGAAGCACUGCGGGGCAUACUCCAAACUCAAAGACGUACACUUGAAACUGGAAGAACUACUCUCCAGUGGCUUCAGGGUAUUAAUUCUGCAGCUUUCAUAGUUUGCAUCUUUGUUAUUCUUAACAUGGCUAAAGUAUUUCUUUUGCACUGAAGUCAAUGAACACCGGUCUGGUAUACUAUUCAAUCUUACUACUGUUACUUGCUAAACAUUUUGGAUAGACACUUACCAUAGGAAAAUACGUAGCUUUUUUGCUAUAGGAAAGAAAUAGUGUAAGGUGAUGGUUUUCUUCUUCUUCGUCUUCUUUUCUGUGCGUGGCUCACUGUAUUUUAGAAUUUGGAGGAGGAAAAAUAGGCUGUUGUACCCCAAGUUUCUUUAUGAAUGUUGAUUUUUUAACAAUGGCUAUGAGAGAUGUGACUUGC